AUGCCGCCGCUUCGUCUGGUGGUACCGCUUCUUUUACUCUUCACCGUGGUGCAAGCUCGGUGGCGCAGAGACGGAAGCGGUCUGCCCGUCUACGUCGGCGAUGCAUCCACAUUUGAUUCGUUGACCUGCGACAACUUCACGCGCACCUCGGGCCAUGUAUUUGUCGAGCUGGCCCAUCUUGCACAAGAGGGAAAAAUGGCGCAGGUGUACGUGGUGAAUGCGUGGAUCGAUUUGGUGAUACCGAUUGAGGUCGGCAAAAAGGCAUCUCUCACGAGGGCGCUGGAGCUGCUCUUCACCGCAUCCGGCACAUCGCAGAGACGGCAUCAGAAACAAGCCGGUGAGGCCAGCAGUCAGUCGACGCCGCUGAAGCCGAGCGGAAAGGAGGAAUCCUGGGUCGCAACCCCGGAAGGUGUGGUAAUGCUGCUCCUCGGCUCCCUCAUCAGCGGUGGCCUGGGGCUGUCGAUUGUUGGGACUACGUGCUUCUUCGUGGUGCGCCAGGUGCGCAACGUGCGCCGCGAGCGCGCCAUCGACGCCAACCGGAUGUUGCCGAGGGGGAAUCGCGUGGUGGCUGCCCCGGAUUUUGAGAUUCAAUCGAUCUCCUCCGAAUCCGAUGAACAGUCC